UCUUUCCCCGGCCCGCCGGGACUGGGAGGCCGGGAGGUGGCGCCCGCAAGGUCCCCGGACGGAAGAGAAAAGACUUUGUCCCCAGUUUUCGCGGAGCUUCAUCGUCCCGGCUGCGACGGGCACCCUGAGCCCCAUAACUUUCACACACAGCCUGCCAUCCCGGAGGCCCUCGGACGCCCCUCCAACUCCCCUACCCCCUAAAAUCUCUUGGACCCCUCGACUGCCUCCCCAGGCCUGCAGGAGCCCCCCCAUGGCCCGGUCGUACGGCGGCCGGGUGCUGGCCGCGAUGAUCCUGCUGGGCAUCCCGGCGGCCGUGCUGGUGGCGCUGGGCGCGCAGCUGCUGUUCCAGCUGCAGGCGGGCCGCGCGGAGCUGCGGGGACCGCGCGCCGACGGGCUGGGCCCAGAGCCGGGCACCGGCCCCGGGCUGCCCACGGAUGCUGCCGGGGCCCUGCUGCCGCUGGCCGCUGUUCUCGCUGCGCUCGCCCCAGUGCUGGGCCUCACUUGCCUGCUGCUCACCGCGCUCUGCGGCCACCUGGGUGCUGAGCUGGCGCGGGGUCCCAGUCCCAGCAGGUCUGACUGGUUUCUCUACGAUGGCCGUCUCCUCAGACACGUGGCCCUCGGUCUCCUCUGCUGUGGGGCCUCCGUCUACUUAGCAGCACUGUCCAUCUACGCCCUGCUGCUCUUUGAAAUUGAGACAGGAGUGGCCGCUGCCUCCAUCCUCGGCUUGGGUGCUCUGGUCCUUGUGGCUGCAUUGACUCACACUCUGCUCCGGGCUUCCCAGGCCACCCGCCAUGGCCUCCAUGAGCUAUCCCCACCGCACUUUGAAGACGACCCUGUCCACCUUGCUGAAGUCUCCAUGUCCAGCCCCAGGGCUCAGUCCCAACAGGGUACCCACCACCAAACCCCCUACUCAUCCUACUCAGAACCUAGGGACCCCUUCAGACCUACUGUUACUGCCACAGCACUUGCAGACCCAGAGGCAGUCUGGGGGAGCAGUCUGACUGCAUCUUGCAUGCACCAGACCCUGCCCACCAGUGGGGAACACUGGGAAGGAGACACCCAUGAGAUGUGUGGCAUGCUGGGCCACAGGCAGGGUGGCUCAGGGAAGGACUCCACCCUGGUGUGAGCCCAGUGAUCAGGGACAGAGACCUGGUGUCAGGCAGCUUGAAAAGGACUCGAGAAUAAGUCCAGGCCUGGCCACAGUAGCAAUACAAUUUGAUUUCUUUCUCAGUUCACAGCAUCCCUGGCUUUUGUCCUCAAGGUUGCCUCAUGGCACAGGAUGGCUGCCAGGGCUCCAGCCUUCACCUCCUCACUCAGAGGGAAAGAUAGAGGCCAGCACUGGCUCAGCAUCUUUUAGAAGUCCUCCUGGGAGGCCUUGGGACCUUUCUGCAUAUACCUUACUGGCCAGAAGAGAGUCACAUGGCCACAUCUUGCUGCAGGGGAGGCUGGGAAAUGUAGCUGUCCAGAUGCCUGAGGCUCUGUUAUGGGCAGGAGGGGAGGGUGG